AUGUCUUCUGUUGUCAAUUACGUCCAAAACCUUUGGCAAAGCGUUUUGACUCCAGGUUUAUCACCCACACUUAUUGGGUCGACCCAUGUAUCGUUCGGCCUGUUGUUAAUUGUCUUGGUGUUUAUGCUUGUAUAUACUGGCUCGCUACACUUUUUGGCUCUGCUUCUUAUUGCGUCAGGACUCUGGGCUGCCAUCACUUGGUUUAUUGGCGAGGUCCAACUCCUUGAGUUAGAAAAGAGGAAGAAAGAAGAGGAAGAAGAAAAGGAAAAGGAAAAGGAAAAAGAUCAAAAGAAAGAUGCUGAAAAGCCUGAAGCUGUCACUUCAGGGUCCCAGCCUUUGUCAUCAUCAUCGUCAUAA